AUGACAGGAUUGGGCUCUUCAUGUGGAGCAUGCAAGUUCCUGAGGAGAAAAUGCACAGGGGAAUGUGUGUUUGCUCCUUACUUCUGCUAUGACCAAGCUGCAGACCAUUUUGCAGCAGUGCACAAGGUGUUUGGUGCAAGCAAUGUGUCCAAGCUGCUGCUACACUUACCGGUACAAAAUCGAAGUGAUGCUGCUAUCACCAUGUCUUAUGAAGCACUAGCUCGAAUGCGCGACCCUGUGUAUGGAUGUUUCUCACAAAUCUUUGCACUCCAACAACAGGUUGUCUACUUACAAGAGGAGAUCGAAACUCUCGGGAACCAAAUGGUUAAUUUUGCAACUGGCCAUUCAAGUAACUCAUUCAGUGAGCUACAAGUAUUUUCACAACAUGAUGCUGUUGAGACACAAUAUCUUCAGAGUCAAUUACCAGAACCGCUACUACUUCCCGUUAUGGAAAAUGCAACUGCCAACCAGGCAUUUAACAGUCAGAUGGAUAUACAGAUGCCUCCUUUGCAUGAAUGGGAAGAAGUAAACCUAUUUGGUUAUCAGUCUGUGCCUGAUCCUUUAGAGAGAUUUCUUGAAGGUCCCCAAGAGAACUUGGAACAUAAUCCAUGGUUGAAUGAGACUGCCAACACCAGGAACUAUAAUAAAGGUUCUAGUUGGGAUUUAUAUUAG